CCCUCUGGACUCACCAUGCCAGUCUCCGGCGAUGAGCCCAUCUGCCCCAAGUUCCAGCCCAACAUCUUCGACCCCUCCCGCUGCCACGACUGCCUGCGCCAGAGGCACCUGCACGCCGGCGCAGGGGAUAGCUCGGCCGAGGGAGCGCCACAGCAGAAAUCCACUGGGGAGACAACAAUCGGGACUAAAACUGGGACUGAAGAUGGGAUCGGAUCAGGAAAGGGAGUGCUGUUAACACCGAUCCCAUCCCAGGCGGAGGAACGAGACACCAGCAGCAAGGAGGAUUCUGACGCUCUGUCAGUGGUGAGCAGCUACUGUGAUGUCAAUGGAGGCCGUCUGGGUUAUGGGGAGAGCUCUUUAUGCAUCCUGAGCCCCGACUGUGAGCUUUAUAUCUGUGACGGCGACGACGACGACAGCACUGACAGCUGUCGUGACCAGAGCGACUACCAAGAGUUCAGUGGCUCCGUCAGCGCAGAGGAGGAAUACCUGCCGAUCCGUCGCCACUCGACCAAACUCGGCAUGACCCGACUCGACCCUCCACCCCACCGGCCCAACCCUCGGGCCUGGAUGGAUGAAGCUCGAAGCAGAGACAGUUUCGGUAGACAAUCAGGGUUAAAAGAAGACAGGCAGAAGCGGGAAAGUGGGUACUUCUCCCUGGGGAGGGCAGCGGGUGCCCGUUCACUGCGUGACACCAGCCCGCCUACUCCUUUCCGCCAUUUUGAGAGAGGACAUCCCAUCUUUAACAGCAGAAACGUAGAGCCCAAAGACACCAUUCCCUUCAGAAACCCUAAUCUUGGUGUGGCCUCUGAAAGGCCGUUGCCGGAGGCUCUAAUUGAGGACUUGGAUGCUGAAAUCCCACCUCCUGACCCCUAUGAAGUUGCCGUUGAGGUUGAGGCACAAGUCGGCCCCCGCUCUCCGAGUCCUACUCCUUUUAAGAUAGCGGAGUCGCUGGCCUCAAGUAGGCGAAAAGGUUUUGGCAGUUCAUCUGGCCGGGGAAACCCUUCUUACUCCUCUUCCUAUCAACAGUCAGGACGUUUUGAGUCCUCAAGGCAAGGCUCGGCUCUGCAAUCUCGCUCUUCUUCUCCCUCACGUGGAAACUUACCAUUCAGACGCAGCGAGUCCACUGCUUCCCUCAGCAGGCAUAACUGUGACGGUGGAGGGUGGUCUCAAGGGACAGAGCCAGGAUCCAGAAGCUCUUUACAAGGUACACAUGGGCGCCGUGUUGAGUCAGGAACUCUGCCAAGAAACUUUAAAUCAUUUGCAAGUUCAUUCAAAUCCCAGUCCAGCAGUGUUUCUGAUUUUAGGAGUGCUUUGAGGAAAACCGAAGUUAGUGGUUCUUUGAGUGGUCGGGGGUGUGACAGCAGAAACUCAUCUCCCUCAAGGAGGGACUACAGUCCUUCAGGCCAAGUGUCUCUUCGCAAAACUGAAACUACCAGCAGUUUGCCACGCAGACAUGGGAGCGAAAGUCGUACUUCAUCUCCAUCUAGAAGAACUUCUGACAGUCAGAGAAACUCACCCCCAAGGAGAAAUUACAGCUCGUCUAGCCAAUCCCCCCUUCGUAAGUCUGAAUCAAUUAUGUCUCUCAGUGGACGUAGUCAUUAUGGACGCUGUGGCUCCCCCAUAAGAGAAGGUUAUGACAUUGAAAGCCAGGCUCUAAUACGUAACCAAAUAGCUAAGAACGGACUGAAUGAUCAAGAAGAUGAAAGUCCCACAGUGUCUCCAUCCAGACGAGGUUACGACACAAGUCAGUCCGUGCUCCGAAAGACUGAAUCAAGCCCUGUCGGUGGCAGUCGAAAUCGCGACAGCCGAUGUUCCUCUCCUGGAAGGAGAGGCUAUGAAACCUCUACUCAGUAUCAACUUAGGAAAACAGACACCAGUAGUUCCUUACAUGGUCGCCGUGAAAGUCGCAACUCCUCCCCUUCCAGGAGAAGCUAUGAAACUCCUUCUCAGUCUCUGCUGCGCAAGUCCGAAGUAAACAGUUCUGUCAGGAUUCGUGAUAGCCAUAGUUUGCUGCCCUCAAGGGGAAGCUAUGACGCACCUGAACAGCGCUCUCUGCGGAAAACAGAGACAAGCAGCUCCAUCAACAGCAAGAAUCACAACAGCCGUAACCCCUCUCCUGUUAGAAACAGUGAUCCGCCAGGCUACUCAAUCCUCAGAAAUGCCACUAAUGGAGAGUCCAGCCAUUCCUUUCAGAGAAAAAACACUUACCAUGACUCCAAAUCUGACUCCAAUCGCUCACAGCGCUCAUGGCGGGAGUCAACUCAUUCCCUCCGUAGUUCCUCAUUAUCUCGUGCUGCUUCGCCCUCCAGACAAACCGCAAAUGGCAGCAGAACAGCUUUCGUCACUUUGGAUACACCCAGGAGCCCUGGCAGCAUCAGAUCUGGGGUUGGUAGACAUGGCCAUGAGGAUCGCUGCCCCUCCCCUAAUGAGAAGAGGCACUCCCACCGCACACGGAGCCCUUCUCCUUCACCUCAGAUUCGGCUGAGGAGGGAAACCUCCUCUCAGAGCUCCAUGGAGUCGUCAGAGUCUGGCCAGAUGUCGGUGGGAACCACAGGACGUAACAGGGAGGAGUAUGCCAUGAUGGCUGAUGUUCCAAAGGUCAAAAUCAUCCAUCAGAGAGAAGUGCCAGGCCAUGUGGGGCCGCCUCAGAGUCAGCAGCCCUCUCGAAGACAGGAGCUCUUUAAACCAGCCAGCCACUCCCUGAGCAAGCAUCCCUCCAGAGAGUGGGAGGAUACAGGGGACACUGAGAGAGACUGGCACUACAGUGGCAGUGGGUAUCUAUCCCGAGCUCACUCCACCACCUCAUUGCAGAGGUCUGGCAGUCCCACCGCAGAUGAGGGCAGUUCAUGGAAAGGUAACCACCACAGAUCAGAGCAAAUGCAGUUAUCUGGAGUUGCAUUGUUCCUGGUGUUACCGGGGACCCCUCAGGAUCCCCCUCAGCCCCUGGAGGUCCCCGGACACCGGUUUUUAGAGCCAAGCACCGUGUGGUUGUUUUCUCAAACGAUCUUCGCGGAUCCGCCCAGGAAGUGGCAGACAGAGCAGCAGAGAGAGCACCGAGCAGGCAAAGACACAACCCGAGGCAGAAGUUUACCCUCUCUGGAUCCGGUUAUCAUGACGCCUGACCUCCUGAACUUCAAGAAGGGAUGGAUGUCCAAACUGGACGACAGUGGAGAGUGGAAGAAGCAUUGGUUUGUCUUGACUGAUGCUGGACUGAAGUACUACAGAGACUCGAGUGCAGAGGAGAAAGACGACUUGGACGGGGAGAUUGACCUUAAAUCGUGCGUGAAGGUGUGUGAGUUUGAUGUGGAGAAGAACUAUGGGUUUCAGGUACAGACGCGGGACGCCGCGUUCACACUGUCUGCCAUGACAGCUGGGAUCAGGCGGAAUUGGAUAGAGGUUUUAAAGAAGUGUAUACGGCCCAGCAGCUCUCCAGACCUCACACAAUUACCUGACAGCAGCAGCGACAAGGAAAACUCCCACUCUCGCUUUCAGCUGUCGUCCCGUCGCCCAUCAUCACGUCAUGCCGACAUUCAGUCAGAUGCUCCAACCUCAGCUCCUCCCACUCAUCGUAGAUUUGACUAUGUCGAACUGUCCCCUGUACCUGCCUCAUCUGGCCCCCUUCCAGCCAGCCAGAGAGAAGCAGCAGAGGGACAAGGGAGAGAGCACAGCCAGUGGCAGGAGGAGAGGAACACAAGCAGCCAGUGGGAGGCUGUGCUGUCCAGGAAGGGCACAGGCGUGGGAUCGAACCAAAGGCUACGCACGGAGGACGAAAUAGAGAAAAAGUGGGCUGAGUUUGAGCGCAUGCCAUUAAAGGAGAUGAGCUCCUUACCACCAAUGGGAUCACGGUCUUCCAGCCAGUCAGCCAAUGAGGCGCUGCAGAGGGAGGUGGCGUCACUGAGGCAGCAGCUGGAGCAACUUCAAGGAGGAGGAGGAGGAGGAGGAGGGAAAUGGGGAGGUGUGAGGGGUGGCUGUGGCCCUGAGGCCCCCUGUGGCCGCAGCCUGGCAGCCAUGGACCGUGCUCAUCGACAGGCGCUGGAGGAGCUGCAGAGGCAGCAUGACCGCCAAAUCAAGGAGCUGGAGGCCGAGAAGGACAGGCUGCUGCUGGAGGAGACCCAGGACACCGCACGAGUAAUGGAGGCUUUGAAGAAGAAACACAAAGAGGAGCUGGAGAGAGAGGUGGAGAGAGUCAAAAGGCUAAGCAGUGGGGUGCUCGAUUCACAGACUCUGCGGGCCCAACAACAGGCAGAGACUCAGGCUUUGCAGAGAGAGCUGGCUGGACUGUCUGAGCGCUACUCUCAGAAGUGUCUGGAGCUAAACCGAGCCGAGCAGAACAACGCUGGGAGGGAGCGGGAGAUCAGCCGCAAGGAGAGAGACAUGGAGCAGCUGAGGAAAGACAACCAGGACUUAAAGGCCCGUUUGACGGAGGAGAUCAGUCACGCACGAUCUGCCAUCACAGAUGACAACAAAGGCUCGCCCUGUGAACUAGAGGUUCUUCUCAGGGUGAAAGAGAACGAGAUAGAGUACUUACACAAGGAGAUCAGCUGUCUAAGGAACGAGCUGCAGUUUCUUAACACGGAGAAACGGCUGGCCUGUGAACGAUACACGGAGGUGCACGAGGAGCUAAGUGGGAUGAAGGGCCGGAGCGAGCGAGAGAUCCAGAGUCUAAAGGAGCACUUGAGACUGGCCAUGGCUGCUCUGCAGGAAGGGCAGAAGCUGGGAAACAGCCUGGACCACUGAGAGUCUGCUGCUGGUACUAACGCUCAGGCAGACACAGUGACAGGUGUGUCUGCUCCACCGUGACUGAAUCAAAGAGGAUUACAGGAGAGCAGAGGAGAUGACUGUUGGACUUGUACAGUUCCGGCUGUGUGGGGACCAUGAUAGUGCCUUAGUUUUCAAUCACUCUGCCAAUGAGCAGCAUAGAGUAGCUAUUAGCCGGGGUUUAUUACACUGGGCCACACGUUAUAUAAAACUGCACUUUUUAUUUUUUAUUUUGGCUUUGCUUUGAGUGCAAGCAUGUAUGAGUGCGCAUUUGGUCUGAAAACUGGAAUAUUUGUCGAGUAGCAUGUUUUCUUUUUUUUAUCAGGUUUGUAGAUACAGACUGUAUCAGCUUUUUUUUUUUUUUUUUUUUAAUAUUCUAGUCAUUGACUCCGUUUCCUCUGCCUGAGACAGCAGGGGUCAACACAGUUACAUAAGAGCUACUGUCAUCUCGGUUUUGUACAGCUUUUGAGUCAUGUUUACUCUGUGAAAAUGGCGCGCGUUUCUUUAGAAAUGGGAGCUCAUCAUUUGCUGUAAUUAUUUUUUUUACCUGUGGUAUUGUUUGUGAAUAUAACAUUCUGAAAAACAUAUUGGGAUUAAUACAGGACAAGACAGCAAACGUUCAUAAUUCCUGGCAGGCUGAAUUGGAAGUUGAUCUGUGAUUUUACAGAAGCAAAUUCAGGCUCAGCUUUCUUUGGGGAUGCUUGUAGAAGCUGUUGAAUGAAUGUUGUCCCACAUCACAGAUGUCUUUUAUUUUGAAACCACGGCUGAGAAGCUGGAACUCUCCCCUUAUCAUUGCUGGCAUUCACACGCCACAUGACAAAUGACAGUUGUUGCAUCGAUGAGCCAAUUUCUUUUUUUUUUAUUGACAGUAUGAAUUGUGAUAAAGUGACUUAUCUACCUGCCUUUUGAAAAUAUUUUCAUAUUUAAAGUACUGUAGAGCCCGUAUCGUCUUUGUAAAUUAUACACAAUUUUUGCAAUCAAUAAAAUAAGUUCAACAGAAA